GGCUGUUGUGAUCGUCGCCUGGGAUCAUCAGUUGGCUAACACAAUAUGCAGCAGCGCCAGCAGUUGCUCCUCCUCCUCUGUGUCUGCUGUGCAGCACUGGUUCUCGGGGAGGUUCUGCCCCUGGAGCCCGAUUUCGAGAACUUGCAGGGCAUCCUACCGCGAGCAGCCACUCGCAGCGAUAAGCUCCAGUUGUUCCAGAGCAUUUGGGGCGUCCUGCGAUCCGAUUUUGUGGAUGACACCGAUAAGGCCAAGCUCCUGUACACCCAACUGGGCAACUUUAGGCGCGACGAACAGCCAUGCCUGAGCGGACCCACCGGACGCUCCGUCUGCGAGCUGCAGCAGGAGGUGAGGCGGCACCUGAAGAUGCUGAUGUCGCAGCGUCUGGCGAACCUGCUGAACGCCGAGGAGAACAUACAGUCCUAUGGCAUGUACAUAGCGGCCAGCAUAGAGCCCGCCCUGGUGAGGGACAUCCUGGUGAAUGCCGUCGAGGAUGUGUACUUCCACAGGCCGCUGGACAAGCUGGUCCGGCAGCUGGAGCAGCUCUAUACGGACCGCGACGAGGUGAGCUUCAAGAUGAUGAUCGAGGCGGAGCUGGCCCUGUAUUGGCGUUACCAGACCAUGCACGACAGCAACGAGGUGUUCCUGUUCAAUGUGGCCCGCGUGGCCAACCGGAUAGUCACGCAUCACAUGUACGCCAGCGUGGAUGCGAGCCUGCAGAAGCGCAUGGCUGCCCUGCAGGAGAGCCUGCCGUCCGUGCUGCGUCUGCUCUUCGAUCCGCAGGGCUUCUGUCUGCUGAGUGGCUCCGAUCGGGAGUAUCUAUACACGACCAUCACGGAUGAUUGGAACUACGGGCUGAACGGAAGGCAGGUGUUCACCUGGCGUCAGCAGAACUACACCGACUCGGCGGGUCUGAUACGUGCCUUUCUCCAGGAGCCCAAUGCCGAUGCUGAAGCUGCCACUCCAGUCUUUACCCUCCGCGGGGAGUACUUCAAAUGGUACUUGUAUGUGGAUCCUGCCGAGGGCAACCGCGUGGGCGCCUUGCGCUCCGGCAGUCCCAGCUCAUCGACCAGUUUUUGGACCAUCGGUUAUUUGGACAACGUGCUGAUCUUUCGCCAGCGGGAUCUCACCAUGUGUGUGGCCGAGCAGCAUGACGAGGAGAGGCGGCGGGUGAAGAUGCUGCCGGGACAGCUGCACACGCCGCCCUCGGAGGCCUGUCAGUGGCAGCCAGUCCACUGUGCGGCUCACUAAAAGAUCAUAACUAAUCAAAUAAAGUAUAUUUGAUAUUCAA